UGUCCCUACAGGCUUCCCAUCCUGUCGAGACAUUCUCACAUGACUUUUCGCUUGUGACUCGCAUUCCUUCUCAAAAAUCCAGUUUAUGAAAUAUGGAGGUGAUGUUCAUAUUUAUUUUACGCUUCAACAACUUGUUGAUAUUUGGGUGAGGUUAAUGUUUACUCGUGUCUGGGCGGAACCGAGUUUUGAUUAAUGCAGCGCGAUUCAAGGAUUCAUUCGCAAACUCAACUUCAGUGUCAGAUGCGUGAGCUGAUCUGCUCUGCGUUACGCAAGUCAACAACGACAAAUGGCUGAAACACCUGCUUCCACUGACUCAAGACGAUGCCUGUUCUUCUUCCUCUAUGAUAAUUCAAAAGUGCAAGAGGAAGGAGACUUGACUAGAGAUGGAAUAUACUACUUCUAUCCUGAAGAUACGCCAAUAGACCAGCAGGAGCUUCUCUGUGGACAACUGGCUGGUGUGUGUCGUUGUGUAUCUGAGCUAUCCAAGUCUCCCGUACGCCUGCUGCGCCUGCGCAGGAGCAAAUAUGCAGUUUGCAUGAAGGAUUCGUUUCUUUGGGCAUUAAGCUGUGUGGUAGACAUUCCAGAUGUAAGCGUGUGUGACUUUCUAAAUCAGCUGAUUGAUCUCUUCUGUUUCUAUAAUGGACCAGUGCGUCAGAGCUACCAGUUAUACAGUCAGGAAGAGUUGGCUCAGCGAUGGGCGAGAUACCUCUGUCACCUGCAGGGCGGCUCCACUGAGCUGCACAACAUCUUCAGCUGUCUGAGGACAAUCGACUCCACGCAUAUUGAUCCUCUGCUGUUGCUGAAAGCUGCCCUUAUUCUACAGGCAUGUCAGCGAUGCCCUCUGGUGUUAUCUGGGUGUAUCCUGUACAGGGGCAGGGUGGUGAGUACUCAGAUGUCUCCUGCCCUCACGCAGAAGGUGAUGGUGUACGAGACGGAAACAUACAGCCAGGAUAACAGGGUGGCAGCCAAUGGCCUGUGCUCAUCAGUGGGCACGUCUCUCUCCUUUACAGUAACCAAACAGGUGUUCCUGACAACCACUGAACUUCACAUGAUGCGCUGCUCCCCUGUGGAUAGAGCAUGCAGGACUCACUGCAGUCAACCUCCAUGCCGAUCAGGAAAUUCUCGCCUACUAUCACGCACUUUAUCCGACACCCUGACCGCAGAUACAGACUCAUUAAAUUUAGAGCCCACUGAGUGUCCCCCGAACUCCAAUGAGACAAUGCCAUCCUCUCCUCGCUCCUCCCUCUCUGAUGAGUCAUGUUUCAGCCCCUCCCCCUCUAUGGUGAACAGUCCUCUUCACUCCAGUAUGAACCAAUCAGAAUAUUUCACUCCGCAGUCACAUGACCACAGCAUGGCAAAUGGCCCAAACUCGUCCAAGGUUAAGGAACAAUGUUUAACAGGAAGUUUAACUGGCCUCAAUACAAAGGAAAGCGUAGUAGAGGAUGCACAUGAGAAGCUGGACUCUGGAUGUUCAUCCAAAUCUAAAAGCAAAGUUAUAAAUUCAGAUCAGGAACUUAAUCCGAAGGAAAAAAUCAAAGCCCUUACAAAUGGAUAUCAGUUACAGUCGAAUUGUCUUGAGAACCAUUCGGAUAGCUCUUACCACAACAACCAGACUGACAGGACUGAAGGACAGCAGCUGAACGCUAACAAUCACGUGACCAAUACAAAUGACAAAUUCCAAAGAGAUACAGAGAAUGAAGGAAGGCCAAAGAAUGAGCAAGUAGACAAAGGAGAACAAAUACUCAAGGACAAGGUAAACAACAGUUGUGACCCACCAAAUGCCCCCCUUCAACACGAGACCCUUGCAGACGCCUCUCUGGUGCCCACAGUAUUGUACCAGCAUAGAGUCAGAGGUCUGGUCCUUGCACUUUUGGUAGAGACAGAUUUCAAGACAGACCCCACCGCCAAAGAGGAAGUGUAUCACAGCAGUUUGGCAUCUCUGAAUGGCCUUGAGGCUCAUCUGAGGAAUACCUCACCUGGGACCCCCAGCCCCCAGGGGCCCUACACCUUCACUCACUAUGACUGCAUUCAGAACACACUUACUACUAAUGUAUGUGGGCGCUCCUCUGGACUCCAGGAUCGUGCAUUCGUGAAGGCAACUGCACUGCUCCAUUCUCAUUUCUCUCAAACAGACACUUUACAAGAAGCCAUUGUCAGGAAUGCUAGCUUGGGAGUGUAUGGAACCCGUAGCAUCGCCCAGGAGACUUAUUUUCUCCAGCAGGGCGCACCAGUCAGAAACUCUGGAAGUCCAGAUGCCCAGGAUAGUGCCUUCUCUCUGCCCAGAAAAGCUCGCCAGCGGCUCCUUAAACAUGGAGUUAACCUGCUUUAACUGAGUCCACAUUUUAGAUCUCUAUUUCACUUAACUACACUGUAUUUAUACUACUUAAAUAAAUACUGCACCCCGAAAUGAAAAAUCUGUUUAACUCACCCUCAUGUCAUUCCAAACCAUGUGACUAUCUUAAAAACAACUAUUUUGUGUUUCGAACAAAGAAUGUAUUGGUUCUUUUUCACAUAAUAAAUAAGAACUGCCAAAAAGCACCAUGAAACGAUCCCAAAAUGACUCGUUCAUUUCAUUCCAAGUCUUCUGAAGCCAGAUGACAGCAUUUUAUGCAUGGUUCCCAAACAGAAACGUCUUUAUUCUCUGCUCUCUGUGUACAGUUCACAGAUGGUUGAUGGAUAUAUUUAAUUAAAUUUCGAUUCAUUUGAAAAAAUAAUCUAAAUAAUUCAUUCUCACAUUUAACUAAUCUUGUUUUUCGGAAAGACAGUAAUGGUUUAUAAUGACAUAAGGAAGAAUAAAUUAAGGCAGAAUUUUUGUUUCGGUUUAAUAUUUCAAAAUAAUACUGUUUGUUUUUAGGAAACACUGCUGUUCUUUUUUUUUAAGCGGUAGAAGCUAAAAGUGAUUUAAAAAAACUGAUUUAAGGCAUUGCCAUUUAAUCUGUGAUUAUUAAGAUUCUGUGUUGAGAACAUGGGCAGAUUUUAAAAGCAAUGCACACCAUUCAGUAUUACUGUUUAUGUUUUUAAGUAUUGAAAAUGACAGCUUUUGAAUGUACCAAAAUUAUUCCAAAAUAUGAAUAAACUUUCUUUUGUAAACUU